AUGCCUCGGACAUCGGCUUCAUGCAUAGAGCAACUGACCAGUCUCUGCUCGAAGGGACUCAUCAAACAAGCACUUGAGACAUUCAAAUCCGACAUAUUCUCCGACCCAUCUCUCUUCUCCCUCCUCCUCAAAGCAUGCAUUCCCACCAACUCACUCCCUCUCUCCAAACAGCUCCACUCCCUCAUCAUCAAAUCAAACUCCUCCGACGACAAGUUCGUCUCCAACCACCUCCUCAACUUGUACUCCAAACUCGGCGACCUAAACUCCGCUUCCCUCCUCUUCUCCCGUCUGCCCAGACGCAACGUCAUGUCGGGUAACAUUCUGAUCAACGGGUUCGUCCAGAAAGCCGACUUGGGCAGCGCCCGGAAGGUGUUCGACGAAAUGCCUGAGAGAAAUGUCGCCACGUGGAACGCGAUGGUGGGUGGGCUGGUGCAGUUUGAGCUGAACGAGGAGGGUUUGGGGCUCUUUGAGGAGAUGUAUGAGCUGGGGAUGUCGCCGGAUGCAUACACGUUGGGGAGUGUUCUUAGGGGGUGUGCGGGCUUGCGAGGAGGCAAUGAGGGAUGUCAGGUGCAUUGUUAUGUUGUGAAAUGUGGGUUUGAGUGUCAUAUGGUUGUUGGGAGUAGCUUGGCUCAUAUGUAUAUGAGGUGUGGGAGGUUGGUUGAGGGAGAGAAGGUGAUUAGGAUGCUGCCGAUUUGUAAUGUGGUUGCUUGGAACACGCUGAUUGCGGGGAAAGCGCAGAACGGGCAGGCCGAGGGAGUGUUGGAGCAGUUUAAUAUGAUGAAGGUUGCUGGGGUUAGGCCGGAUAGGAUUACGUUUGUGAGUGUUCUUAGUUCGUGUUCAGAGUUGGCUACACUUGGUCAGGGUCAGCAGGUUCAUGCUGAAGUGAUCAAAGCUGGGGCUAGCUCGGUGGUUGCCGUGAAAAGCACGUUGAUUAGCAUGUAUUCUAGAUGUGGGUGUCUUGAGGAUUCUCUCAAGGCUUUCAGGGAAUGUGGAGGUGGGGAUGUUGUGUUGUGGAGUUCUGUGAUUUCUGCGUAUGGGUUUCAUGGACGAGGAGAAGAAGCGAUUGAGAUUUUUGAACAGAUGGAGCGUGAAGGUUUGGCGGCUAAUGACGUUACUUUCCUAAGCUUGCUCUAUGCCUGCAGUCAUUGUGGGAUGAAGGAGAAAGGAAUGGAAUUGUUCGACUCAAUGGUACAGAAGUAUGGACUUGAACCUAAACUAGAGCAUUAUACAUGCAUGGUUGAUCUUCUUGGCCGGUCGGGCUGUUUGGAUGAAGCUGAGGCAAUGAUAAGAUCAAUGCCUGUUAAAGCAGAUGCUGUCAUAUGGAAAACUUUAUUAUCUGCAUGUAAAAUUCACAAGAAUGCAGACAUGGCAAGAAGGAUAGGUCAAGAUGUUCUUAGGCAAGAUCCAGAGGAUUCAGCCUCGUAUGUGCUACUUUCAAACAUCCAUGCUUCAGCCAGAAGAUGGGAGGAUGUUUCUGAGCUGAGGACAGCCAUGAGAGAUAGAAAGGUCAAGAAAGAGCCAGGUAUAAGCUGGCUGGAAAUAAAGAAUAAAGUCUACCAGUUUCAUAUGGGUGAUAAAUCCCACCCACAUUAUAGGAUAAUUGAUUCGUAUCUAAAAGAGUUAAGAUCAGAAAUGAAGUUGCAUGGUUAUGUGCCUGAUACUGGUUCAGAAUUGCAUGACAUGGAUGAUGAGGAGAAGGAAUACGAUUUGGCACAUCAUAGUGAGAAGUUGGCAAUUGCUUUUGGUUUAAUAAACACUCCUGAAGGUGUACCAUUGAGGGUGAUGAAGAACUUGCGUGUAUGCAUUGACUGUCAUGUUGCUAUCAAGUACAUAUCCCAGAUCAAAAACAGAGAAAUCGUCGUCCGUGAUGCCAGUAGAUUUCAUCACUUUAAGAAAGGGAAGUGUUCUUGCGGUGACUAUUGGUAACUGAUGAAGGAAGGUUCUACUGUAUCACACUGAAGAAGGUACUACUCCUGCAUCAGGAUCAUUAUGAGUGACUGCUGUUCGGUCGUUUGAGCAUGCCUCUUCUUUGAUUUCUGUUUCCCCAUGGAAGCCAAAACAGGAGCAUCAGUCUCAUGAUCACUUCCUGGAUCUAACACUUCCCAGAUUUGAC